CCAAAUUCAAAGGCACUUAUUCUCCAAGUUUCAAUUUUUUUCCAACAUCUCUGCUUCAGCCUCUCUCUCCAUCGGCCAUUAAUGGCCUCCGCAAGCUCUUUCAAAACGAUCUCCUCUCUGAAUCUACCCACCUCAGGAUUCGCCUCUAAUUUCGAAAGCCACAGACAGUUAUCUUCUAAACUCUCAAAUCCAUUUGUUUCAAGUCAAAACCUCAAGAUCUCAAAAGCCCAUCAAGACUUCUCCAGCGGAAGACCUUUGGGAGGAGUGAAAACGACAGCGUUCUUCUUCAACAUCUUCGGAAAAAAACAGGAGCCUUCAAAACCUAUCAAAGUUCAAGAAUUAUACGUCUACGAGAUCAAUGAACGAGACAGAGGCAGCCCAGCAUACCUAAGGCUAAGCCAGAAAGAAGUCAAUUCACUUGGUGACCUUGUCCCAUUUAGCAACAAGCUCUACUCUGGUGACCUAAACAAGAGGCUAGGCAUCACAGCAGGCCUUUGUGUCCUAAUCAAGCAUGUCCCAGAAAAGAAUGGUGACCGUUAUGAGGCCACAUACAGUUUCUACUUCGGCGAUUACGGGCACCUGUCUGUUCAAGGCGCAUAUCUGACGUACGAGGACACGCAUUUGGCCGUGACUGGUGGGUCGGGUAUAUUCGAGGGGGUGUAUGGUGAGGUGAAGCUGCAACAGCUUGUGUUCCCAUUCAAAUUGUUUUAUACGUUUUAUUUGAAGGGGAUUAAGGAUUUGCCAGCUGAGCUUGUGGUCACCCCGGUGACCCCGACGCCAUCUGUUGAGCCAUCGGCGGCAGCCAAGGCCGCCAAGACAGGUGCUGUUAUUCCUAAUUUCACUGACUAGUGAUAGGUUGGUUUACCAAAUGAUUGGUGUAUGGUAUGUUACUAUGUUAUGUUACUUUUGUUCGAACAUUCAUUAUGAUUUUUAUAUGUUUGUCUUUGUGGAAUUAGUUGAAACUGCAAUGAAGGAGCAUCUAUAAAAUAGUGUAUGACGGUUCAUUUAUUGUGAAAGCAUAGUAUUAGCUAAGUUUGAGCUUA